AUGAUAUUUUCAACCUUAGAGCAUAUAUUAACUCAUAUUUCCCUUUCGAUCAUUUUAAUUUUAAUGACAAUUCAUUUGAUAAUAUUUUUAGUCGACGAAAUAAGAAAACUAUAUGAUUCAUCAGAAAAGGGCAUGCUAGUAACUUUUUUCUGUAUAACAGGAUUAUUAGCUACUCAUUGGAUUUCUUCGGAACAUUUCCCACUAAGUGAUUUAUAUGAAUCAUUCAUUUUCCUUUCAUGGAGUUUCGCUCUGAUUCAUAUCAUUCCGUAUUUCACAAAAAAUACAAAAUUUUUAAGCAAAAUAAUCAGCCCAAGCGCUAUUUUUACCCAAGGUUUUGCUACUUCAGGUCUUUUAACAGAAAUACAUCAAUCUUCAAUAUUAGUACCCGCUCUUAAAUCCGAGUGGUUAAUAAUGCACGUAAGUAUGAUGAUAUUGGGCUAUGCAGCCCUUUUAUGCGGAUCAUUAUUAUCAGUAGCACUUCUGGUCAUUACAUUUCGAAAAAACGGAAAGCUUUUUUCAGGGGGCAACGAUUUUUUAACUGAGUCAUUUUUAUUUGGGGAAAAUCUUUUUCAAAAGACUUCUUUUUUUUCUGCUAAGAAUUAUUAUAGGACCCAAUUCAUUCAACAAUUGGAUUUUUGGAGUUAUCGGGUUAUUAGUCUAGGAUUUCUCUUUUUAACCAUAGGAAUACUUUCGGGAGCGGUGUGGGCUAACGAAGCGUGGGGAUCUUAUUGGAGUUGGGACCCAAAAGAAACUUGGGCUUUUAUUACUUGGAUUGUAUUCGCAAUUUUUUUACAUACUCGAACAAAUCUAAAUUUGCAGAGUGUAAAUUCCGCAAUUGUAGCAUCUAUUGUGGCAUCUAUAGGCUUUCUUAUAAUUUGGAUAUGCUAUUUUGGAGUCAAUCUAGUAGGAAUAGGUCUACAUAGUUAUGGUUCAUUUCCAUCAACAUCUAGUUGA